AUGGGGGUUCCAGGGGAGACUGCUGUGACCAGACAUUUUGCUGCAUUGGAUGAAGCGCCGCCCGACCCACAGACCAUCCUCAGAAGUAAACAGAGUACAAAACGUGUGAUAUUAAAUGUUGGGGGUGUGCGGCAUGAAGUGUUGUGGAGAACUCUCGAUAGAAUGCCGCACACCCGACUUGGAAAACUUCGCGAGUGUAUAACGCAUGAAUCUAUAAUGGAAUUAUGUGACGAUUAUAAUUUAUCAGAAAAUGAAUAUUUCUUUGAUCGGCAUCCUCGAUCAUUUGCUUCAAUUUUGAAUUUUUAUCGUUCGGGAAAAUUACAUCUUGUGGAGGAAAUGUGUGUGUUAUCAUUUAGUGAGGAUUUAGAAUAUUGGGGAAUAGAUGAAUUAUAUUUGGAAUCGUGCUGUCAACAUAAAUACCAUCAGAAAAAGGAACACGUGUUCGAGGAAAUUCGCAAAGAGGCAGAGUCGAUACGACAACGAGAUGAGGACGAUUUUGGAACCGGUCGAUGUGCCAAAACUAGACAAAGAGUAUGGGACUUACUGGAAAAGCCAACAACUUCAAUGGCAGCUCGGGUAGUGGCCAUUAUUUCUGUCCUGUUCAUCGUCUUGUCAACUAUAGCCUUAACAUUAAACACCAUACCAGCUCUUCAAGACCGUUCCAAACCCAAAGAAGCUGCGGACAAUCCUCAACUAGCAGUAGUAGAAGCAGUUUGUAUCGGCUGGUUCACUCUGGAAUAUUUAGCCAGAUUUUGGGCCUCGCCGAAUAAGUGGAAAUUUUUUAAGGGCCCACUCAACGUUAUAGAUCUACUCGCUAUAAUGCCUUACUUUAUAUCAUUAGGACUGACAGAAUCAAAUAGGGACACUACAGAACAAUUUCAAAAUGUACGUCGAGUUGUACAAAUUUUUCGUAUCAUGAGAAUUCUUAGGAUUUUAAAAUUAGCACGACAUUCGACAGGCUUACAGUCUCUGGGUUACACAUUACAAAGAAGUUACAAAGAGUUGGGACUGUUGCUUAUGUUUCUUGCCAUUUCUAUAUUACUUUUCUCUAGUUUAGCAUAUUUCGCGGAAAAGGACGAACCCGAAACAAAAUAUAAAUCAAUUCCUGAGACAUUUUGGUGGGCGGCCAUUACAAUGACAACAGUAGGGUAUGGAGACAUUCAUCCUACGACGGUUUUAGGAAAAAUAGUCGGUAGUGUGUGUUGUAUUUGUGGAGUAUUAGUUAUUGCUCUGCCGAUUCCUAUCAUAGUGAAUAAUUUUGCCGAGUUCUACAAGGACCAAAUGAGGAGAGAAAAGGCUUUCAAACGACGCGAAGCAUUGGAAAAGGCGAAAAGAACGGGCAGUAUCGUUUCCUUUCAUUCCAUCAACCUAAGAGAUGCGUUUGCCAGAGAUGUGGAUUUAAUGGAAGUGAAUUCCGGUGGAGGCAAGGGAGAUAAUCAAGACGGAAGUAGCUCAGACAGUAAAGGUACGAGUCCUCCACCUUGUGUUAUCAAGUUUAAUAACCAACCCAAUUAUCAAAACGAUGAUGUCGAGGGUUGUAAUGCAAAAACACUUCAUGUAGACAACGACAGCACGAAUAAUCUGUUGGAUGCAGACGAAGAGUCGCUCAAACGCAUGACAUCAUCGCAACCACUGUUAAAUUCGCAACCUCAGGGACUACUUGGUUACUCACAGGACAGUGAAAGCUCAGAUAGGAUUGAGAUGAAACAACUUCACCGCCAGAGCAGUACCACUAGUACGGAUACCUAUAAUAGUUGUAUGACCCACCCGCAUAAUAGCCCCUCCCUUGUAGGGCUGGGCAGCCAGGGUAGCCAAGAUCCCCCUCAAAAUAUUUAUAUUAACCCACUCGAUGAU